UCCAACAUGCGUGGACCUGGAAUGACUAUGCAUAGAUCACCCCUAUUUGUUUGGUCUGUUCUAGUGACAGCAUUCCCACUUUUAUUAUCACUUCCGGUACUGGCAGGGGCAAUUACCAUGUUAUUAACUGAUCGAAACAUUAAUACAACCUUUUUUGAUCCUGCUGGAGGGGGAGACCCAAUAUUAUACCAGCAUCUCUUUUGGUUCUUCGGUUUUAAAUGGCCCUUUUCAGAUUCAAAUCUGAAUACGCAUUGCGCUAUAUGCUGGGACUGUCUGCUUAAUGGUACUCCUACUAUGUUCAUAAGUGGUUUUAUAGUCAAACCCCGAUCUAGUCAAAAUGGAGUAUCUAAGACACAAUCAGCAGGUAACCAACGACAUAAAAGCAGUCUAGUAGGAACCUCAGAGACUACAUGCGCAACAACUUAUCCUAAAUCCUUCUGUGAGUGGCUAGCUGGAAUUAUCGAUGGUGAUGGAAGUCUUCAAGUUAGUAAACAAGGAUAUGCUUCUCUUGAAAUUACUAUGGGACUUGAAGAUCUACCACUACUACGAUAUAUCCAACAUAUGCUUGGUGGAAGUAUUAAAAUGCGAUCAGGUGCUAAAGCUUAUCGUUAUCGACUACAUAAUCAACUUGGUAUGAUUAAACUAAUGAAUUGUAUUAAUGGUCAUAUUCGACAUUCAGCACGACUCCUUCAACUACAUCGUGUCUGUCAAGUACUGGAUAUCCCUGUCAUUCUACCUAUUACACUAGAUGCUCCAUCAAAUUGGUUUGCAGGAUUCUUUGAUGCUGAUGGUACCAUUGGUAUCGCUAUGAAGAAUCGACUACCUCAACUAAGUAUUCGAGUAACUAAUAAACUUCUACAAGAUGUAGAGUCUUAUAAGGUAGUAUUUGGAGGAAAUAUCUACUUUGAUAGUAGUCAAAAUGGUUACUAUCAAUGGUCUGUACAAAGUCGAAAAGAUGUUAUCAUGAUGCUAGAUUACUUUAAAUCAAGUACUUUUCGAAGUCAUAAAUCACGACGAUUCUUCCUUAUUGAGGAAUAUUACAGUCUUUACGAUCUCAAAGCAUUUAAACCUGACAGUAUUCACCAUGAUUUUGAUAGUAACAGACAAAUUCAUUGA